AUGGCCCUGCAGUUGCUGGCUCUGAGCUUUCUCCUGGUCCUUGCAUCUCUGCUGGCAGCAUGGGGCCAGGAAGGACCUGAUCCCAACGUCCAAGGAGUGCCAAGGGCAACAGAAAUGUGCCAAAGACCCCAGUGGGACUCAAGACUCCGUCUGGCACCAGACCAGGAAUAUUACAAGAGGAAUGAAGAAGUGAUGCUGAGCUGCCCUGAGGGUUUCCAGCCAUCCUUCACCCAUGUCAAAUGUGCAAAGGAAGUCCAGUCCAUCAGUCAUGGGAAACCUGUAUACAGAGAAGUUUGGAAUGGAAAGGACAUCAGAGGUGUCUGGACCCGCAUUCGGUCAGGCGUGGAGUGCAUCGAGGUUCUUCAGGUUGACCCUGCAACCUUGGAGAUUUCCAGCACCAGCAUCACACUGACCUGGACCUGCAGGCUCCCUGACGCCUGCCAGCGCAUGCAGGCCAGGUGCCGUCUGGCAGUGCCUUCCUCCCCUCCGUGUGAGGCUGAGGAGGUGAAGGGAGAGCAGAUGCUACAGGGCCAGGAGGGAACAUUUACCUGCACCUCUCUGCAGCCCUUCACUGACUACAGUGUGACCAUUUCCCUGCCACCCAGCACAACCCUUUUCUCAUGGUUGGUCAGGACAAAGGAAACAG